UGUGUGUGUGUGUGUGUGUGUUACGUGGAGGUUGUUGUUGCUGAACACAGACCCCGUUGCUAUGGCAAUGACACCAGACUUCCCUCUUUUUUUCUGGCAUGUUUACAGAUACUGCUGUUAGCAUUAGCAUUAGCAGUGUGUGUGUGUGUGUGUGUGUGUGUGUGUCAUCUGCAUGAAUGCUGCAGUGUUUGUAUGUUUAGGGAAGAUACCAUGGUAAUCUUUCUCGCUCUCUCUCUCUCUCUCUCUCUCUCUCUUUUUAACAACCUCUUUCCACCCUCUGAGGAAUUAAUGCGCCUGCGCUAAUCUCCCUCCUCCCUUCUCCUCUCUCUCUCUCUCUCUCUCUCUUUCUUGCUUUCUCCCUCCAUCACAUGCGCCGGAGCAGCAGCAGAAGUGGUGGUGUUUGUGGUGGUGUUUGUGGUGGUGUUUGAGGGAGAGGCGGAUUGCGAGGGUCAUUGGACAGCAAGACGAGCGACUGAGACACAAAGCAGAGGAGAAUAAAGACGGAGAGGAGGAGAGGAGCGAGGGAUGGCUGGGAGGAGGAGGUGCAGCACUGAGAAGCUGUGGAGCGACAGAUAAGCUCAGAGAGAACGACAGAGUGGAUUUGGGGAGGGAGGGAAAGAGGGAGGGAGGGAUGAUGGAGCGAUAGAGAGAGGGAUGGGCCUCACAAACAGAGCUGCACUCAUCCGACUGAUCCGGGACUAAAUAGUAUGCUGGAUAAGAGUGAGGUGUCGACGCUGCCUUUGCCCCCCUCAGUGCCCCAUGGCGGUUCAGAUGGGAACAUCAGCGUGGAGGGGGCGGGGUCUGUGUUGGGGGCGGGAUCGUGGCAGGGGGAGGGCCCAGGGGAGGGGCAGCGAACACGCGCUGCUCUGGAUCACCUGCAGCAGAAGAUCCUGAAGAUCACGGAGCAGAUCCGUGUGGAACAGGAGGCGCGCGACAACAACGUGGCCGAGUAUCUGAAACUCGCUCACAACGCCGACAAACAGCAAGCGUCACGCAUCAAACACGUCUUCGAGAAGAAGAACCAGAAAUCUGCGCAAACCAUCGCACACCUGCACAAAAAACUCGAACACUAUCAUAAAAAGCUCAAAGAAAUCGAGCAGAACGGUUUGGCACGUCAGCCCAAAGACGUUUUGCGGGACAUGCAACAGGGCCUGAAGGACGUAGGAGCCAAUGUGCGGGCCGGCAUCAGUGGCUUCGGAGGAGGCGUGGUCGAGGGUGUGAGGGGUGGAGUCUCUGCUCUCAUACGCAACAAGUUCGGCAGCGCAGACAACAUCGCCCACCUGAAGGACACUUUAGGACCUGCCCAUACAGAGGACACGCCCCCUCGUGCACUCAGUGGCAGUGCCACGCUCGUCUCCAGCCCCAAGUAUGGCAGCGACGACGAAUGCUCCAGCGGCACCUCCGGGUCCGGGGCUGGGAGCAACUCCGGAGGGGGCGGGGCCAUCUGCAUGGGCAGCCCACGAUUGGAUGGACACCAUCACCAUCAUCAUCACCAUCAUCACACGUCUGCGUCAUGGGACACUCUCCUGGAGGGACUACAGGAGAUCAAAGCCAGUCAGGUGCAGAUGGAGGACGCAAUGGAGGACAUGAAGACACAACUACAGAGCGACUACUCCUACAUGACCCAGUGUCUGCAGGAGGAGAGAUACAGGUGUGUGUACAGGUACGAGCGUUUGGAGGAGCAGCUAAAUGACCUGAGUGAACUCCAUCAAAACGAACUGAGCAACCUGAAACAGGAGCUGGCCAGCAUGGAGGAGAAGGUGGCCUACCAGUCAUAUGAGAGAGCUCGGGACAUACAGGAGGCAGUGGAGUCAUGCCUGACGCGUGUCAGUAAGCUGGAGUUGCAGCAGCAGCAGCAGCAGGUGGUGCAGUUGGAGGGGGUGGAGAACGCUAACGCUCGCGCUCUGCUCGGGAAGCUCAUCAGCGUGCUGCUAGCUCUCAUGGCCGUGCUGCUCGUCUUCGUCUCCACCGUGGCCAACUUCAUCACCCCGCUCAUGAAGACCCGCGCCCGCAUCGCCUCCUCUGUUGCCUUCACCCUCUUCCUCAUCACGCUCUGGAAGCACUGGGACUGGCUCGAACUCUGCUUCCUGUCUGGCUGAGUCACAUGACCUUGGAGCUCCACGCCCUGCUACUGUGUCUGUGAAGAACUGAUGAAGCUCCUCACGUAAACACUGCUACUACCGCGGAGACAGUAAGUGGGACACGUCCCAUUUACACCGGAUCUGUCUGGGUUUGGUCCAUAUGUGGAGUUCAGCACACUGUCGUGCCCUAAAACACUCAUCAGAUUUAAAUACCGUAUUUUUCAGACUAUAAGCCGUGUUUUCUUGCCUGCUAUCAUUUAUAUUUAACCUAAUCGUAGGUUGCACAUUUAUUUGUGUAUUUACGGUAGGUGAGAUGUUCCAGCAGGUUAAGGAUGGCUAAAGGUUCAGGUUCACUACCUACUGUUAGCUUGGUGCUAACAUCAUACUAAAAACCUUCAGUAGCUGAAAUUAGCAUUAUUGUAGCCGGUGGUUGAACCGUACUGAAACUCCCGGGGGUCCCACACCACAGUGCACGCUGGACUCCCACGUCGGAUCUCCAGAACCGAGUGAACAGGACUGACCUGAUCUGAAUUCAAUUGGUCAAAUCUGCACUAAGGUGGCUAGCUCCUUUCAGCGCGCUAGUUCUGCUUUAAAACAAUCCAGUGCUGCAUAGAUAUGAAUACCGAGAUAUCGCAUUCGCUGCCGAUUGCUGUUUCGAAGAAUCCGCCAUAUUGGCGCUCUACACUCUCAACACACAGUUAGUGCUGCAGUGUCUAUUAUGUGAUUGAAUAAUAGAAAAAUAAAGGUUUUAUUUGGACUUUGGUCUGUAAUGGAAGACUGUUAUCAGCAGUAGUGUUUAUAAAUGAUGCAAUAUUAUAGGACUUCAUUCCGGUUCAACAGUGACUCGGUUGCAGCGCUAGUGCAGUCGUAAUAACCGUAAACCAUACUCUAAACCUUACACUUCUAGUAACAGUCUUGUGUCAGAGUGCAUGAUGUCGACAACUAUGUACAUGUAUCAGUGACAAUCGUGAACAACACCACGUUAAUUAUUAAAAUAAAACACUGCUUGUGAAGUGUAAAGUCCACCGUGUACCGCUCCAAUGCGGAGGCACUGCAGGACGCGACAGUGCGUCACAGCCAGCCAGCGCAGUGUCCAUGUAUUUAUACCGUAUCUAUGCAGUGCUGAGCGACAGCAGCACUAACACUAGGGGGCGCUGAAGCGCUGUUUAGACCGAGUAUGACCAUAAACUAAAUUAAUGCGACUUAUAGUCCAGGAAAUAUGGCAGGUGUGUUAGAGAGCAUACAGCACCAGAGACCGAUUAGCUUUACACUCUUUCAUCUGACCUUCUGUAAGAGAAGAAAGGAUGAUGGACACACGGAAAGGGCGUCUAUAUAUUUUUUCACCUUCCAUGAGAAUUGAAUGUUGUUGCAUGAGAUCAGGAUUUUGUCUGUUAUCUGUGUGUGAAAUAGCGACGGCAGAUUUAAGGUUGAAACACUUGAUUCUGGGCCUUUUUCAGCAUUUUAUCUGUUUCUGUUCUUAUAAAGUCUCGGCUUUCAUACUGCGUCGAUAUUAUUGUGAAAUACAGUCAGUAAAUACGUCCGUGAAGCAGCUCAGCAGCACGCAGUGUUCGGCUGUAGAAGCUAGCGGGCUGCGCAAUACGUCGAUCAGUAACCCUGCACUUUAGCGUAACCUCAUUAGCAGCAGCUACAUGACUACAAAAUGUGCUAGCAAGCAAACUAGUGCUAAUGAAACUAUUGUAUUGUGAAAUUAAACCCAGUAGCCAUGUUUGCUAGCAAGCUAGCCGCUAAACCAGCUAGCAGUAUGUCACUGUCUCAGAUUAGUAAGCAAUAUGCCACUUUGGAAGUUGUAACUCAGCUAAACCACUUCUAAUCAUUCCAGAUGUUUGAAUAAAUGUGUUUUUUGUUGUGUUGUUGGAUUGUGUUGCAGUGGUGAAGCAAAACUUGUGUUAUUUGUGUUAGCAGUUGAUGCUAAGUAUUUUUUUUGUAAUUUGCCGACACACCUGAGGUAAAUGUUGAUGUUCUGGAUGGUUCUACGUCUUUACAUUGUCUCUUUAAAAGACUUUCUUGCUAGCUAAAUUGUUAGCCUUGGUUUGUAGCUAGCUUUUGCUUGAGGACUGUAUUUUCUAGUUGCCUAGCAACAGUUUUGAUCACAUCACUACUUUACAUGCAACAUCUUGGCUAAUAUUUAGAGUAGAGUUAAUAAUAUAAUAUUGGAAUCAGCAGAAAGCCGAGACUUUUAACCUCACAGCGAUGGCAGUCGGGUGUUUUCGUGAAUGUUUCAGCGUUCUGCAUGACGUCAUACCGCCGAGUUCGUCCACGUUUACGUCCAUCAUGAUGACGAAGCUGCCACUGAGUACAUCCAGCAUCACAUUACCUGUUUUAUAAAGUUUAUAUUUGUGGCCGUCGGUUACAAAAAAAAAACCAAACCAGACUGUAUGUGUAUUUCGCUUUACGUCCUGGGAGAACUCUCGGGUCCUCAGCGCUCUGAUCAGUAACUCUGUCCAUCACAGCUGUUUUAUAAUCGCAGGACUGUACAGAGUCUCAGUUACACCAUCAGCGCGCAUGUUCACUCACUUUUCAUAUUUAUACCCUGUUUGCUAAAAUCCACCAAAUACUGCACUGUAAUCUUAAUAAACACGUUUACAAACCGGUGUGAUGGCGUGUCUUUCUUUUAGGACCGAUGCUCUGUAUUUAUAUUGCAGAAUGGAUUUUAUCUCCCAGUCAGGUUUAUACACAGUGCUGUGAGUUCUACCUAAAUUCCACAGGUAUGUUCAGCUCCCUACUAGAGAAGGUAACAUCUUGGACCAUCCUGGACUUUUCAAAGUUUUCUGUCAAGAGAGAUGCAGCUGCGGUUCCACAGUGACGUACCGAGGCUUUCCAGAGGAGAAGUUCUCAGUCGACUCUAUGAGCUAGCUGACAUUUUCAGCCGACUUAAUGAUCUGAACACAGGACUUCAGGGUAAAAACGUGAUAAGUUUUUAUCAGAACUGUCAUUAUGGUGACCUCACUUGGACAAGCCAACAUGCGGCCGGUUAUUGGGGCUCAACUAAACGAUAUGCAAAUGCAGUUCCGUGAGCAUUUCCCUAAAAAUCGAGCCGCGUCUGUAACAGAAGAGUUGAUUAGAAACCCCUUUACAGAGACAUCAUUGACAGGAAUGGCAAUUGAAUUGGAAGAGUCACUGGUUGCCAUGGUAACAGAAAUGGCCCUGAAGAGGGGUUCACAGAGAAGCCUGUGGUGGAGUUUUUGGAU